AGCCCGCGCGAAUGUCAAAACUAAGAUGUCGUCAUUGUUCUGAAAAUCGAAGAGAAAAAGUGAACUUUAGCACAACAGAAUAUAAAAAAGUGCAAAUUUUUGCUUGAAUUGGUGCAAAUUUUCAUCUGAAAAGAAGUGUUUUUGGUGUUCCUAUUUCAAGUGCCUCCAGUGAUAUUCGUGUUAACGAUGGAUCGUGUGUAGUGUAGUGCCCCGGGCAAGAUUCCCGUUUCAGGCGAAGUGGUGUUUUCCCCCUUUUUCUGCUCUUAUCUUUUCAAGCUCCCUCUCGUUUAUUAUCAUUAUCAUGGCCAUGACGGUGGCGGAAAAAGGAGAAUCAAAAGAGUCACCUCCAUCAAGCAGAACGGUGGCGGGUGGUGCAUCCGAAAAUACGGAACCACCUCCCCCGGGAACGGAAGACGAUGUUCCGGUUCAGAUAUCGUCAAAGUCCGUGGCAAGUGUUGGCGGCAGUGCACCGGAUGAGGAACCACCACCUCCCGGAACGGAAGAUGCGGCAUCCGUCCAGACGUCGUCGCGGAAUACCCUGGCGGUCACCAGCAGUAGUGCCAUUGACGAUGAACACGAAGAGGGGGAAAUCCAAAGCGACGACGAUGAGGGGGAAGGACGGUUGGAGUACGAGGACAUAAGUUCCGAAGAAGAGACCAAUAUCCGGGAGCGGAUCGCACAGCUUGAGGCCAUGGAUGAUGAGUUGGGGAAGAUACAUCAGAUAACCGGUGCCAGCAGCGAUGACCUGGGACAUUACGCAUUCGAUAAGCGAGCUGUGAUUGAUCUGGGGAAAGAGGACGUUUUCGAAUGUAUUUCGGAUGAGGAGGAUGUCGAGAUGUACCUUCGUCGUUACGAGCCGAUCCCCAAACCCAAACUGCUACCAGUCCAAAGGAAGCGUAGGGUUCGUCCACUUCGCACGUCCAGUUCCCUCCGGAAUGUCGGCUCGUCCAGUGUCAAUCGCCGGCAUGGAGACAUGAAACGGAAAGCGGAAAAGCGCAAGCAUGAACAGCAGUCCGCGAGAAAAAGCAAUCUGUAUCGAAAUCGACAUAAACGACGCAAACAGCAUAUGGGAUCGUCGACUUUGGUGAACAUUGUCGAUUCCACUGAUUCGGAACCGGAUUACCAUCCAAUAGAUAGGGCACGUUUACAGGUAGCAUGCAAUAUAAACGCAGGAAAACGAAAGACUGACAAAGAGAAUUGGGAUGCAUUGAAGCAGAAGCUUAAACUGCAAAUGCAGAAACGAAAGCAGAGACAAUCGGAAACCAGCAAGGAGGUGGACAUUAUAACGGAUAAGCCCAUGGAUGUAGUUGCUAAAGAUGAUGAAGAUGACGAAGUACUACAGUUGCGACUCCAAGCAUUGAAAAGUAAGGCGGAACUUCAACCAAACGAAGUUAUUAGCCUGGUAGAUGAUCCGAUUACACCACAGAACGUAAGCGAAGAGCAACAGUUGCGACUGGAUGCUCUUCGUUCGGCAUUUACCAAAAAGCAUGAAAAGAGGCUACAGAAAAAGCAAGGAGAGAGGCCAUACUCUCCUAGUGAUGAACUAUUUCUUCUUGCUUCGCCUAUUGAAGAAGAAGAAGAAGAGGACGACGAGGUUCAAAUCAUAGAAAAACUUCCAGAAACUGUUGAGAUUCCGGACAGUUCGGAUGAAGAAAAUGGCAUGCAACUAGAUUCGGAUCCCCAAUGUCCUAAGCCUCCGCAGUUUCCCCAAAUAGCAGACAUAGAUUCAGCCACGAGUAACGAGUCUCGCAGUCCUACGACGAUUGCAGUUUCUAGUCAUGAAACACCGGAGCUCAACGAUGACGGUUCUCCCGAACUAGAACCUCCGUCUCCGCCAAUUAUAGGCGAUUUACAAAGCAAGCUUCCUGAUGAAGACGACGAGGAGACCCUUAGAAAUCAAUUACUUUCAAACCUUUCCUCCACUGCUUUGAGACCGACUCCGAUUCGCUUGACCGAAAGUCGCCCCAUGACUCCGGACUCCAUGGGCGAAGAAGAAGCUGAUGCAUUACGUGAACUUAUACUAUCAAAAAUGCACAAAAAAGCUUCCAAAAAGUUAGCUUCUUCGGCUCCUAAACAAUCGGAAGAUUUCCAAAAGACUGAUUCCCCCAACAACAUUCCAAACGGUCCGAAUGCUGUUCCAUGCGAGAUGGAACCCCUCACCAUUAGCAUCAGUGAUCCACUUCCAGUUUCGAAGGAAACUGAGCAAAUGCCAUUAUCUGCCUUAAAUCCAACGAUAUCUACCAAUCAAUUGAAAGUACAAUCCAAUCCUAAUCUAAUCACCCUAAUUGGUAAGCAAAAGAUCACCCGUAAGAAGCGCAAAAAGUCUCUCUCAGCGGCUAAGAAGAUGCUGCAUCCGUCUCAACAGACCGCAGCCACAACUAAUCAGGUGCUAGCGAUUGCCGUUCCACUUCCUUCGCGGACACUUAUCAAAGCCCCAGUAGUACAAACACCGUCCCCACCGCCACUGAUGAUCACUACCAAAAAGCUAGUGAACAAUCCGAACAAACUGAUCAAUCUGAAUGCGCCGCUACGAAUAGUGCAUUCCCCGAAGGAACGUUCCAAUCUGUUGGAAACCUACGUCCAGAAACCUGUCGCCAAAAUGGUCAUCCAAGUGGGUCAAUCGGAUUCGGAUUCCGACCCGGACUACUAUCCCGCCCCCGAUAUUCAUUCUAAUCCAGCGGCCGAGCUCGCUGCCGAGAUGCGACUACAGGAAGCAUUUCUACGCGACUUGGACAACGCCAGUCCGUCGCGAGUAAUGCUGGAAAGCCCCACCUAUUCGCCGACGCCUACAGUCAAUCCUGAUGGGGAUGGCGAAUCGCUUCCGGAGGCUCCGAGCUUAGCUAGCAAUGAUGUACCAUUCGAACAAAGGCUGGACCAGUUCCUGAAAACGGUUCGAAGCAAAAUAGAUCAAAGUCAGGCGGCGACGGCCACAGUGUCCACGGUUGUUGCCAGGGAGGGUGGUGACGUGGUGAAGACUGGUGCGCGAACUGCGGCUUCCACUCCAAUGACGGCUGGUAGCGGUGUCAGUGCGGGGCGGGGAUCGGUUGCUAAAGCGGCGAGAAAACCCAUUCUGGCACCGGCAGCGCCAAACACACCGUUGGCCGUCCGUCAUCUGCCAAAGUCAGCCCAGCUGGAAUACCGACGUCUGGUAGCCCGGAUGGCACAGCUAGAGAAGCAGAAACAACAGCGGGUUCCCGUCCCAAGUCAGCUAUCCCAGCCCGCUCAUCCUGCGCAUCCUCUCACCAAAACCAUAAUCAAUACGGGUCCCGGCGAAGCAACUGGCCCGGGGAAAAGCCACGAACUGGUCGUUACCGUCAAUCGCGAUAGGCGUGAUGUGGUAGAUCUCAAUAGCCCUGUAUCUAACCCUCCUCAGAUGGCACAACAAUUACCAAAACGGGGUCCCGAACCCUUGGUCAAGCGUGUUUUGAUCAAUAACGCCGUAAUAGCGGAACGCGAAAAUGUUAUACCUAGAAGUAACAUCGUUCCGAAGAUCAAUCAUGAACAUCCUCCGGCAAAUAACGGUAAUACCUCAGCUGAAGUUGAAUCAGCUGGACGUAAAGAAAGUUCCAAUCAACAAACGGAAGUUAGUACGGCUCUGAGACGGUUACCGUCGCUGAAAGAAGAGGAUCGCCUGAAGGUGCUGAGGAUUGCGGAGAACCGUUUCGAGAAGCACAGCCAAAAGUUUGCACAGGAGCUGCAGGAUCUGAUCGGUACUGUGGAGCAUGCUCAAGCGGAACGGCAGAAGCAGUACGAUCUGGAGAAUAAGGUGGCAUUUCUAAAGGACAAGCUGACGGUCCUGGAGCGAGCGUUGUCCGUGCACAAAAAGAGACUGGACGUUAUAUUUCCGGAACUGCAGGAAUCACACACGAAGGUGAUGUCCAGCCGGAAGCGAUCAAUCGAGCUGAACAACCUAUGCAUGUCGAUUGGGCGAGAAAUUUACGGAUCCCACUACAGCCCACCAUCUACUGCUCGUACGGAAAUUCAUGAACAGUUGAAGGUACUGACCACGGAAACCAAGCGCCUGAAAGACAUGAGAAGACUUUCGCUGGCUGAGUUCAAAGAACUUACUGCCGAGCAAAGGCGAAUACAACAAGAACGACAGAAGCAGUCGAUCGAGCAGGAACUUGCCAAAUCGGCUACAACGACUCCCGAACCACCUGACCAAAAGCCGAUGUCAACCGCAGAACAUUUCCUGCUGAAUGACGAUGGUAGUCGAAGUGAUACCAAUGAAUCAACGCUGCCGAAGAAUCCAUCCGAUAUGGACGUGGCACUGAAGCAGUAUGCCAAGAGUGCUCCAGCUUCCAGAAGUGCAAGUCCAAUCGGCACACUCGAACAAGACUCGUGUCCUGUAACGCUGGACGAUGCAGCAGACGUUGCAUCCCAAAGCGGAACCCGGUUCGAGAAGUACACUUCCCCAUUGGCGUUCCUCAAAAACCAAAGUGCACUAAACAUUCCGGACGGUGUUAUAUGUCCUUAUCAGAUGCGUGGCGAGUGCAUUGAUCAAGACUGUAAAUUCGAUCAUUUUAAAUAGUGGUGAAUGUGCGUGACACUUGCCCCUCCCUGCAACAAUUUUCACACUAAUCCAGCUCUCAAUAUCUAACGUCCCAAUUAUCUGUUAUUCCCGAGUGAAAAAACCUGAUUCCAUUUGCUACAGCUAGAUUCCUACAGGCACUCCUUUCCGUCCAACACAUCCUAUAAUCUUCCGUUAGUUUCUGUAACAUUCGUAGUUUUUUUUUUCUUUCAUUUCUCUAACAAACGAUACACUCAGACAUUUAUUUCUCUUCUCCACGUAUCGACCAAUCACGGUUAGUGAAAAGAACGUAAAAGAAAAGUGAGUCACGAUCGUAAAAACAAACAUGUAGUGGUAUGAAGACCCAUCGCCCUGUAUGACCGCAAGAAAGGAAGAUGAUGCUGAAGUAAGUGAUCAAAUCAGUGAGCUUGUUCAGUGCAGUGUGUGGGAAAGGGAAAAUACGGUCGUCCCUAAAGUUCGAGCACGUGCUCCAACCGCAUUCAACGAUCUUUUUCUAUGUACGUACGAAGUGUGAUAUUUUGUCGUGAGGGAGCAGCACCUACGCUGACGUUCCCCGGUACCUACGAGGAAACCAAAAGAAUAUUAUCAGCAUGUCGAAGGGAGGAUCUCUCCACGAGUGAUAAUUCAAACCGAUUGCCAUAGGUUAAACUAGUUUUUUUUUUGUUCAGUUUUUACGUGAAUCCUUUUUCUCCUUUGAUUUCAAUUCCAAUAUUUUUAUUUGGGUUUUGGCUUUACCAUUUUUUAUAAGUUUACCAAAAAAUCAAACAUGUUAUCAUUAUAAGUUUUCCAUGAAUUAUGAUUAGUCGUUGUAAGCUAAUUAACUUCAGUGUUAGGCAUCGUGGUAACAAAAACCGAAUGCUUUGUUAGUGCGUGCCAACCCAUAUCGCUUGUUAUAUUCGAUUACCUCAUUAAAAUGAAUCGUGAAUGGUCGCGGAAUACCGUAGUGAUGACCGUUAUAUAUUUAAAAACCCAAUUAAAUACGGGAGAAAAUCUAUUUUGUAGAAAAGAAUGAAAAAUAAAAAGAAACAAAAUUGUUCGAUGAUUAA